CUCACUCUGUGAACCCCGUUCCAUACAACUUUGUUCUAGUGUAGUGUCGAUGAGCCGAUGGGUCGUUAUUAAUAAUCAAAACUCCGGCCAUGCAUUAUUCAAUGCAACAAGAUGGUUCAUUUUCUCCUUUGUACGUGCCUAAUAAUAUACAUUGGGUCCUCUCAUUUUUUAAUGCCCAACUAUGAUCGUCUCAUGAUGCAGUACAAAUAAAUUUGUAAUAUGUGAUAUAAUCUUGCGAAAUAUAUUUCUUGGUGUUUCUUCGUUUCUUCUUAUGUGCGUUGUGGUUUCUUCUUAUGUGCGUUGUGGAGAAGAGGAUCAUAUGUAUAUAGUGGCGAUCUGAAAGCAGGUAGAGGAUGGGUAUUAUAAGUGCCAUCGCUGAAAUUUUCGGGUUCGGAGUGGGGAUCUCAAUUGGCCUUGUCAUUGGCUAUUUCGUUUUCAUCUUCACUCGACCUACUCAUGUGGAGGAUCCUGUCAUACCUACCUUGGAUGAGCUGGACACAGAAACUCUGCAACGUUUGCUUCAAGAGAUACCCAAAUGGGUGAAAAGUCCAGACCAUGACCGUGUUGAUUGGCUAAAUAAAUUCAUUGAGACAAUGUGGCCUUACUUGAACAGGGGAAUUUGCAAGCAAGUGAAGACCAUAGCAGACCCCAUCAUUGCCGAGCAAAUUCCACAAUACAAAAUUGAUUCAGUUCAAUUUGAAACUCUUUCUUUGGGAUGCUUACCGCCUACUUUUACAGGAAUGAAAGUUUAUACUACCGGCGAGAAGGAAGUGAUUAUGGAACCAACGCUGAAGUGGGCAGGAAAUCCUAACAUUCUUGUAGCAAUCAAGGCAUUUGGACUGAGAGUCAGUAUUCAGGUGGUUGACUUGCAAGUAUUUGCUUUUCCUCGUAUCACCCUGAAGCCCUUGGUUCCAACCAUUCCUUGUUUUGCGAAAAUAUUAGUGUCUCUUAUGGAGAAGCCUCAUGUGGACUUUGGGCUAAAAUUGCUUGGAGCAGAUGCUAUGUCAAUUCCUGGGCUGUAUAGCUUUGUCCAGGGUACUAUUAAGGAGCAGGUUGCAAAUAUGUAUCUGUGGCCCAAAACACUAGAAGUGGUAAUCAUGGAUCCUACAAAGGCCAUGAAGAGACCUGUUGGGAUCCUGAAUGUUAAGGUUGUGAGGGCAAUGAAGCUUAAGAAAAAAGAUCUUUUAGGAGCUUCAGACCCGUAUGUGAAACUGAAAAUUUCAGAGGACAAACUGCCAUCAAAGAAAACAACUGUGAAGCACAAGGAUUUAAACCCUGAAUGGAAUGAAGAAUUUAGUAUUACAGUUAAGGACCCAGAAUCUCAGAUAUUGGAUCUUGUUGUCUAUGACUGGGAUAAGGUGGGGAAGCACGAAAAGAUGGGUAUGAAUGUAAUACAUUUGAAAGACCUUACUCCGGAAGAGACAAAAGUUCUAAUCCUCGAUUUGCUAAAAAACAUGGACCCUGACAGCGUCCAAAAUGAAAAACCACAGGGUCAGCUUGUUGUCGAAGCAAUGUACAAACCUUUUGAUGAUGAAGAGAGACCACCUGAUUCUGAAGAUUCUGAGGUUCAAAAGGCUCCUGAUGGAACUCCUGCUGGUGGUGGGUUGCUAGUAGUUAUAGUCCAUGAAGGUCAAGAUCUUGAAGGAAAACACCACACAAAUCCGUCCGUGCGUUUACUCUUCAGAGGGGAAGAAAAAAGAACCAAGGUUGUAAAGAAAAACAGAGAUCCGAAAUGGGAUGAGGAGUUUCAGUUCAUGCUGGACGAGCCACCCAGUGAUGACAGGAUUCAUGUAGAAGUUGUAAGUACUUCAAAAAGGAUGGGUCUUCUGCAUCCCAAGGAUGCUCUGGGGCAUGUGGAUAUCUCCCUUGCAGAUGUGGUUAACAACAAAAGGAUUAACGAGAAUUACGAACUUAUCGAUUCAAAGAAUGGUACGGUUCGAAUUGAAAUGCAGUGGAGAACUUCAUCCUAAGACUCCGUAGUUAUGUAUCCUCAGAUCAUUUUUUUAUCUUUAUGCGUUACCUGUAUGGUCAUCAAAUAUGCCUGGAUAUGUUUCAACUGGAGUUUCCGCACAUGAAGUCAUUCAAUAAGGCUUUAAAGCAGCUUCAUCGGUCCUUGCCCAAGUAUUACUAAAACACCUUAAG